AUGGCCGGGGCGGUGUGGCCGCGCCUCGGCGGCAUCCUCUGGCUCGCCUGCCUCCUGCCCUUAGCCCCGGCGAGGGUGGCCGCAGGCCUGUAUGAACUCCACCUCACCACUGAUGGCCCUGCCACCACGGGGACAGAGGUUUCCAUAACAGCCAGCCUGGUGGCCAACGACAACGGCAGCGUGGUCCUGCCCUCAGACACCCACUUCUACCACUUCCAUUGGAUUCACACGCCACUGCUGCUCACUGGGAAGACUGACGAGGCUCUCAGCUCGACCAUCCGUGCUGUGGGGAAUGUGCCCGGGGACUUUCCAGUGUCCGUCUGGGUCACUGCUGCUAACUGCUGGAUGUGCCGGCCUGUGGCCAGGAGCUUUCUUGUCCUCCCCUUUACAGAGUUCCUGGUAGGGAAACUUGUGGUCACCCAGAACACCUCCCUGCCCUGGCCCAGCUCCUACCUCACCAAAACAGUUCUUAAGGUCUCCUUCCUCCUCCACGACCCGAGCAACUUUUUCAAGACUGCUUCGUUUCUCUACAGCUGGGACUUCGGGGAUGGCACCCAGAUGGUGACUACAGACCCUGUGGUUUAUUAUAACUAUUCCAUCACUGGAACCUUCACUGUGAAGCUGAAAGUGGUGGCGGAGUGGGAGCAGGCCAAGCCAGACGGGGGCACGGGCAUUCUUCAGAAGACAGGCGACUUCUCCACCACCAUGAAGCUGCAGGAAACCCUUCAAGGCAUCCAAGUCUUGGGGCCCACCUUAAUACAGACCUUCCAAAAGAUGACAGUGACCUUGAACUUCCUGGGGAGCCCUCCUCUGACUGUGUGCUGGAGGCUCAAGCCCGAGUGCCUCCCACUAGAAGAAGGGGAAUGCCACUCUGUGUCUGUGGCCAACACUGCCUACAAUCUGACCCACAUCUUCAGGGACCCUGGGGACUACUGCUUCAGCAUCCGGGCUGAGAACGCCAUCAGCAAGACACACCAGUACCACAGGAUCCAGGUGUGGCCCUCCAGCCUCCAGCCAGCUGUCUUUGCCUUCCCCUGCGCCACGCUCAUCACCAUGAUGCUAGCCUUCCUCCUGUACAUGGGCAUGCGGAACAGCGCCCAGCAGAAGGACAUGGUGGAGGUGGCUGAUUUUGACUUUUCCCCCAUGUCUGACAAGAACCCGGAGCCGUCCUCUGGGCCCAGGUGCUGCUGCCAGAUGUGCUGUGGGCCCUUUACGUUGGAGUCUCCAUCUGAGUACCUGGAGGUCGUCCGAGAGAACCAGGGCCUGCUCCCGCCCCUCUACAAGUCUGUCAAAAUGUACACCGUGUGAGCACCCCCCACGCCACCUCAGUGUUAACUGACUGUCCACUUGCCACUUCAGGCAGGGUGGUCUUUCCACCGAGCUGGCGGGGGCCACAGUGGGGGAAGGCCCUUUGCCCUGGCCAUCCUUGUGUCUAUAGUUCCAGCUGCCACCCCAAGCCCCCCUCAGUCACACCUUCUAGCUAUGGUCAUCUGUACUGUCCAGCCACUGCUGUGAGCCCUUCUCUGUCAGCCCCAGCCCACCUCUCGCCUUUGUAGAGGCCCCAAGUAGGACUCCCAUGGCCCCUGUGGUCUCCAGGUACACCUGGCUGCCUCUCAUCCAUUCUUCCCCGGUUCUCAAGUUUGCCCUCCAUCUGGGUUCCAAGUUUCCCUCCCCUAGGCUGCCCUGCGAGGUCAGAAAGCUGGGAGGAAAGUCACAAGUGAUUAAGGAUGCAUCACGAAGGGCUCUUAGGAGAGGACAAACAUGCACCCUCGCACCCAGAAGCACCCAUGUGUCCCCGGCCUCUUACUUGGCUCCUCUGUGUUGCUAAGUGACUUUCUGGGACAUACUCUGAAUUGGAAGCAGAAUGAAACCUGACCUUCCCCUCUUGGCUCCCACAGUUUCUUGCCCUGGCUCCUCCCUGUGUGUCAUCUGUGUGGCUACUUGCUCCCUGCUAUGGACACCCUGUCCCCUGCCCACUUGCUGCCAGGUGCCUGUUUAUAAAUAGCAUCUUUUAUUGAGAAUAUAUUAAACUUCCUUGAGAAAAAGACCUGGCAGCAUGAGUCAAGCCAGAGGGGCUGUGUGUUGUCACUCAGCUGCUCUCAGGGUGGUCUUGAGAGCGAAGCAGGCUUGACAAAGCCCGGGGAGGGGGUAAAAAGGGGAAGGAGCUCCUUUCCCCUCUGAUCCAGGCACCUGGGAGUGGGGGGCAGGUGCAGAAGGGGUUAUGGGUGCAGAAAGAGACCAUCACUGGGGCC